UAUCAUUUGUGACUGAGCCGCUAUCAGGGCCUGAGCCGAGCUGUCCCGCGCAUGCGCAGUGCUGGCUUCUCGCUUUCAGCGCGUACGCAUGCGCAGUAGCGGUCGGGCAGAGGACGCGUCAGUGAGCUAGUUUCCUCGGCAUUAUAAAAAUCUCUUCUGCUGGACUUUUUGCGUGAAGGACCCACAACCUUCUAGCACGGAUAUCUUCUGGAAGAUGCUGGUUGCGCUGUCACGUGUCUGAUCAUUCACACUGACUGGUUUAAACACUUGCAGGUAGGAAGCGCGCAGGAGGACGUCACUGAGGAGUGAUGCCUGUAGAGAGCGGAAACAGCGCAGUCGCCCGUCAAGCCAAGCAGAAGCGCAAGUCUCACAGCCUCUCCAUCCGGAGGACCAACAGCACCGAGCAGGAGCGGCCUUCCAUCCACAGAGACAUGCUGGAGGCUCAGGAUUCCAAGCUGCCCAUGGCGCUGAGGAGCACCUUACUCGACCUGUUCGGACAGAUCGAACGAGAGUUCGAGAACCUCUACCUUGAGAAUAUCGAGCUGAGGCGAGAGAUCGAGUCCCUGAACGAGCGCUUGGCCGGUGAGGGUCAGACUGUCGAUGGAGGAGACCUGGGUAAAGGAGCACUGAAGACUAAAGCCAGUCACAGUACGAGUCAGCUGUCCCAGAAACUGAAGACCACAUACAAAGCCUCCACCAGCAAGAUCGUGUCCAGUUUCAAAGCCACCACAUCGCGUGCCGUGUGCCAGCUGGUGAAGGAGUACGUAGGCCACAGGGACGGCAUAUGGGACCUGAGCGUGACCAGGACACAGCCACUGGUUUUGGGCACUGCCUCUGCAGACCACUGUGCUAUGCUGUGGAGCAUCGAGACGGGGAAGUGCUUGCUCAAAUACGCUGGUCAUGCUGGAUCAGUUAACUCGAUCAAGUUUCACCCCACAGAGCAGAUGGCUCUAACAGCGUCUGGUGAUCAGACAGCUCACAUCUGGCGCUACAUGGUGCAGCUGCCUCUGCCUCAGCCUCCAUCCGACACCAGCGCGUCGCUGGAUGAUGACGUGGAUUUCUCCGAUAAGGACGAUGCAGAUGGCGACGCGGAUGGACCCACUGAGUGUCCCACGGUGCGUUUAGCCAGCACCACUCUGAAGAGCCACCAGGGCGUGGUCAUCGCCGCCGACUGGCUCGUCGGCGGCAAACAAGUCGUCACUGCCUCUUGGGAUCGAGCUGCCAAUUUGUACGACGUGGAGACCUCCGAACUCGUCCACACGCUCACAGGUCACGAUCAGGAGCUGACCCACUGCUGCACCCACCCCACCCAGCGGCUGGUGGUCACCUCAUCUCGCGACACCACCUUUCGCCUGUGGGACUUCAGAGAUCCGUCCAUCCACUCGGUCAACGUCUUCCAGGGCCACACUGACACGGUGACGUCAGCUGUGUUCACAGUAGGAGACAACGUGGUGUCCGGCAGCGACGAUCGCACCGUCAAGGUGUGGGACCUGAAGAACAUGAGGUCGCCGAUAGCAACCAUCCGCACCGACUCGGCUGUAAAUAGGAUAAGUGUCUCAGCGAACCAGAGGAUCAUCGCCCUGCCGCACGACAACAGACAGGUCCGACUGUUCGAUAUGACCGGGGUUCGACUGGCCCGCCUCCCACGCAGCAACAGACAGGGUCAUCGGCGCAUGGUGUGCUGCUCAGCGUGGAAUGAAGAGAACCAGGCGUGUAACCUCUUCACCUGCGGCUUCGAUCGGCAAGCCAUCGGCUGGAACAUCAACAUUCCUGCUCUGCUGCAGGACAAGUGAACUCACACACACACACACACACACACACACACACACACACACACACACACACACACACACACACACACACACACACACACGCUCUGUCAUGCUUACACAAAGCUUAGGAAGGCACAGUUCAGCACGCAGACACACAGCUGGAUCCUCAGUAAAACUCUCGCCAUUGGUGUAUUGAUUUGUUAAACCAGCUUUGUGUGUUAAAGUGUCUGUGAUUGUCAUGUUGACUGUGUGUGUGUGUGUGUGUGUGUGUGUGUGUGUGUGUGUGUGAGACAAUCACACACACUUUAACACCGCUUCCCAUCAGUCAGCUCUGUCAAUACACACACUUCCAGAGAUUGAGAGUGUGAGAUUUAUUCCUCUUUACUCGUACCAGCUUCUGUUCCUCCUUCAUGUGAUCAGGUGAUCAUGUGAUCAGGUGGGCGACACGGCAACACGCCAACCAGUCAUCCUCACAGAACUGUGCCAUGAUGCACUUUUCUCACAAUAUCACCAACAUUCGAGUCCACGAGACUUUAAAAAAAAUAAAAUAAUAAAAAAAACGUUAUACAGCUGAGUGAAAUCUGCCUAGUAACAAGAAUCUGAUUGGCCGAAAAACCUAUUCCACCAUUAUCAUCUUAUUUUCUUUGUUUCCUUAUGAUUUCCUUCCGCAGUAAGGAAUAAAACACUCGGGGACAUGCUCUUAGAGGAAAAUAAUCAGCGAUGGUGUGGUGUGAUGCCCUACAUCCCAACACACACGUGAUUUAUUUUAUUUAUUAACAGCGCAUCCUGAAGAGUUUUAUUCCUCGUAUAAUACAGAGAUUCACCGACGAUUACAGUUUACUUUAGUAAUGUGCUUUUUAUCCAUUUCAAGUUGCACUUGUGUUGGGGGAGUGUCAAAGAAAUUCUUUAAAGAAGAAUGAUUUUAUUUCCGACCUCCUCACCCCCCCCCCCCCCCUCUCUCGCACCAUUCACGCCACGAGUAAGAGAAUACAUUACAUGCUACAAGCUAACGCGCUUAAAAUCUUUUACAAUUUUUAGCUUCCUUCCUCUUCCCUUCUUUAUUAAUUCGUUCAAGCGAGCUCGAUGUACAGAGAUUAUUAUAUUAUAUCAGUCACAUCGUGUUGUGUAGAAUAUCGCGUCAAUGAUGAACAGUUACUCUCUGUGAAAAGGACAGACGGCACACACACAAACACGCUCACACACACACACCCUUCCUGCUGAAGAACAGUAUUGCUUUAAUCAGUCUGCAUGAAUAAUGUCGUUGUCUGUCGGAUCUAAAGUAAAAAAUGCUGUUGUGAUGGCUGUAUAAUUUGAUUUUCCGAAGUGAAAACUCUGAAAUGUGAACAUGUCGAUGGCGUUUUAUGAAUAGAGUUAAGUGAUGUACGUGUCACGUUUAAUUUGGGUCUCGUAUAAUAGAUGAUUCUUAUCACCUGUUGGACAGGUGACUAAACAUCGCGUUAGAUCCAACGUGCUGAUGUUUCACAUAGAACCGUCAUCAGAGACUAGAUUAGACAUUAUUGAUAUUGGACUAGACGUCCUGUGGUUAGUUCUCUCUCUCUCUCUCUCUCUCUCUCUCUCACACACACACACACACACACACACACACACACACACACACACAGUUGCGUGGACGUUCUCUGCGCUUUGAGUGUUUUCAGAAACCGAACAUAAAACCAUACCGUAAGUGAGAUGUCUGAAUAAAAGCUAUAAAAUAUAAUAUUAAUAAUAAUAAGAAGAAGAAUGUAUAAAAUUUGUGAAGUGGAAAUGUGUAUAUUGAACCUAGAGAUUUAAACACAUCUGUACCACAUGACCACACCAUGUAAAUAAAUGCUCUUGUCAGAAAAUUAA